AUGGUAGCAAUCCCGACAUCAACGGAUGGAUAUCUAAUCACCGUCCUUACAAUCGAUGGUGGAGGAAUAAGAGGCAUCAUCCCCGCGACCCUUCUUUCUUUCUUGGAGUCUCAACUUCAAGAACUGGACGGCGAGGAUGCAAGGAUAGCGGAUUAUUUUGAUGUGAUCGCAGGGACAAGCACGGGUGGUUUCAUAGCUGCCAUGCUCACGACCCCAGAUGAAGAUCAUCGCCCUCUUUACGCAGCUAAAGAAAUUGCACCUUUCUUGAUCGAUAACUCUCCUAAGAUAUUACCCCAACGCAGAGGGCUUGUCGGCUCAGCCGUAAGGAUUAUGAAAGAUCUAAUGGGACCCAGAUACAUAGGGAAACAUGCGAGAAAGCUGAUUCACAAAACGUUGGGACCCACAAGGAUCAGCGAUGCAUUAACGGACGUUGUUAUUCCAGCCUUUGAUAUCAAGCUGCUUCAGCCCACCAUCUUUUCCACAUCUGAGGCGAAAAUUGACAUGUCCAAGGAUGCAAUGCUAGCAGAUAUCUGCACUGCCACGUCUGCUGUGCCAACAUACCUUCCUGCACACUAUUUCGAAACUCAAGAUUCUCAAGGGAGGGUUAGAAGUUUCAACCUCAUCGGCGGAGGGGUGGUUGCAAAUAAUCCGGCAUUAUUGGCAAUGCGUCACGUGACAAGAGAGGUGUUUAAGAGAAACCCGGAUUUUUAUCCGGUGAAGCCCGUGGACUAUGGUAGAUUCCUGAUAAUCUCCUUAGGGUCUGGAAACAUGAAGAAUGACAAGAGAUACAAUGCUAGCAAUGCUGCUAAGUGGGGCCUACCUGGAUGGCUGAGAUCUAACGGAGGCGUUCCUUUGGUGGACACUUUUACUCGGGCUAGUGACUUCAUGGUCCACUUCCACAUCUCUGUUACUCUACAAGUUCUUGGUUCUCAAAGUAAUUACCUUCGGAUUCAGGAUGAUGAAUUAACAGGCGAUGCCGCUUCGCUCGAUAUAGCUACUGAAACAAACAUGGAAAAUCUAGUGAAGAUAGGUCAUGGACUCCUCCAAAAACCAUCCAAAAAUGGAGGAACCAAUGGGCAAGCCCUUAGCAGAUUUGCAAAAAUGUUGUCACAAGAAAGGAGAAUUCGCCGACGGAGUUUCUCGUCCAAAUUAAAUGAGACAAAUGAGCCGACGAAAAAUCCAUUGGAGUAGUUCAGUCAACCUUCUUUCUAAUUCAUUCUUUCAGUACUAUGUAUCUAUCAUGACCCAUUAUAAUAUUCAUUCUGUCAA